AUGGUUAGAUUUUCAAGAACAGUUGCUCCAGCAAAUGACAGCAAUUUAACCAAACAAGAAGGAGAAUGUGCAGAUCCUAACUCGAUUACGAAAAACAACAAAAAGUUAUUUGGCGUGUGCCUUAGUAAUGGGGAGUGGAACAUUACAGAUAACUUAGCCUGCCUUUGCAAUUAUGGCUAUGAAUUGACGAAUGGAUCUUUCACAUGCAAAGGUUAGUGCUGCACUUAAAAUCUGGAUUUGCCUCCGAAGCGUUGGGUCCAAAAUUUAAUCAUUUAAAUGGUUAAACAUCUAAAUGACCACCCCUUUUAUUCAUCGUUUGAUAAAAAGCUUAGAGAAGCUUCGAUGCAUAACUUACAUGAAAAUGGACCGUUUGGUCAUACAUCACAUGUUCAUAUAAAUUCAAGCGGUGGACGUAGAUAAAUAAAUCUAUAUUUAUGAGAAGUGCAGCUGUGCAGGGAGAUAAGUUGAAUUUCGACCUGGACUACGAAGAAAAAAAUGCAAAUUUUCGAGUUCAUAAAAAAAUACAGGUCUUCCAAUUCAUAAAUCCUGUCCCCCAUUUGUCAAUUUUUGUUGGUCGAUUCUUCAUUUCCUUUUUUGGUUUUGCAAAAAUACGGGGUGUUGAUUUUAGCGUCUUCGUUUUCGGGUCUUUGUUUUCAUGUCUUGGUAUUUAGGUCUGAAAACCCCAGGUUAGAGGUUGCAUUAAAUUUAUAGACGCAUGUUAUUCAAAAACCUGAAUGACGGUCAUUAUGAGAGUCGUAAGGAGUGAAGACAAAAAGAAUUGUCUGGGUAACCAAGCCUCUGCUGAUGACUAUUGCCAAAGUUAUCAAAAUGUGUCUCAGAUUCUGUCAUAGACAGUAGUCAUUUGCAUGGCAAUAAUUUUUUGCCUAAAAAGCACGUUAGAGGGUCAUUAUAUUGAUGUGUUCUGAACAGGAGAAUAUCAGUUGAUAUUCUUUUGGCUCUGAAGGAAAGGCAUGUUGAUGAAAUUUUACAUUGUUUCAUUUUAGAGUGUCAGAGAGGCUUCUAUAAGGAUUCUGUUGGUAAUGCAAAAUGUGUACCUUGUCCUGCAAAUUCAGCAUCUAAUACUGGCAGAGCUGGUUGCACGUGUAAAGAAGGUUACAGCAGAUCAUCUAAUAUGGCAGAUUGUGAAGGUAUACAUAUAUAUAUUAGUGUUUGGUCUUUUCCUAAUCAUUAUCGAUUCAUAAGAGUCCUAAGGCCUAAAGAGGAUCAUUUCGGUUUUGUCUAUGAAAAUUCAAAAUGUUCAAAGGAACAAAAGGCUCUCCAGUGUUACGUUCUACUUAAUGCUUAAAACAUCGAUCAGGAUAUAUGCGUAAUUCCUCCCACCACCAACACAACAACAGCAUAGUCUGUUUUGGCUAUGAGAGAAGUCUAUUUCCUAGAAUAAUAAAAUUGGAGCGAACGAGGAAGCGAAAUCUCUCUGCCACCUCACCUGAAAGGCCUUAACAAGAAACGGGUGGGUAGGCGAGAAAAACAACACCACUUGACAAAACACUGUUCAUGCUACGAGAGCACUAACAAAACUGAAACCAGGUACUAUAACCGAUAAAGAAUAGACAAAGGUGUGUCGCGUGGCAUGUGGCAAUUAAUCGCUUUGCGCAAUAGCUCCCAAAGGGGGAAUAUUGACCAACGGUUCGGUCAAGGGUAAUAUCCAGCCAUCAUGAUCGAACGAGCUUGGACAAUAAAUGAUUUAUUGUAUCGGGUAAAAAUAUUUCGUUUUGAUAAGAAGCAAGAAUAACUUAUCUAUUUCCAGAGCCGAGAGAGAAAGCCAUCUGUGUUUGUAGCACAAUAAACCCACGAGGGUUUUUUAUGACUCUCUUCUGCCGUUUUUUGCGACUUCAUCGCCGACAUUGCCCAAAAAUAACCGCUCCAUGUACCUCUUCCUCUUGCGCAGGAUCAAACACAACAAUCCCUAACGGUUUCGGUAGCCAGUCAGAACACGGGACUCGCCUCAUAUUACCUAUGGGUGCUGCCAGCGAUAUGAAAAAUGUUAUUAUGAUAAAGUAACCUACAUGUAUCAUGCGUGUAAAUGUCAGAAAGAAACCAGACUAGUGUAGCUAAGAACCUCUCUUGAUAGAAAAUCAUGCCCAAAUUAUUCUUGCUCCUAUAGAGGUGAAAGGGCAUGCUUCCCCUUGAAACUUUAAAAAAUACAGUCCUCUUUGAUGCCAUUUCCAACAUAUUGACCUGAUUGUUACAUUUUUAACCCCUCAGUGAAAGCGGUCGGCUCUUAGUCCCUGUUUACAUUCUAGAUAAUGGUAUUUACUUUAGUGCGGGAAAUGAAAUGUUAAUCAUGAUAUGCAAUGAAGUCAGAAAAUAUCAACAAGUCUACGUUCAUUUGUGUCUAAUUGCAGUGUCUUUUUAUUCACAUGUACAGUCAUGGUAAAAGUACUGAUUAACAUAACCAUGGUUAUCACCAGUGAAGGUUGUACUGAUGGGAAAUACGACAUAUCCUCAUUACUGACGAGACUCAAGGAAGUGGUAACCAUUUUGUUUAGAGCAAUAUUUCUAUUUAUAUCUUUAUUUCUUUCUUCUAUUUCUGUCGUUACAUACAGUUAAAAUUUUAGUUUUGGCUGUCGUUCGAUAAUGGCCCGCUAUCAAAAGAAAUAGAGACCUAUUUUAAUGAACUAAAAAAUUCCAGAUGAGCCUGUUCAGCGCUUGCAUGGGCAUGCCAUGAACGUUUAUAAAAGAGGUUUUUGAUGACAAAUUAGUGAUAUUCUCAAAUUUUUUUGUCGGUGAACAUUCAUAUGUUUAUCUGAUUGUGUGUUGGUGUUUAAGGUGCUGGAUGAACUCCUCGAACUCCUGUUCAGUUUCACUUUUCUGUUCCUUCUUUAGAUGGAAGACGCUUUUGCUUGGAGAUUUGCAGGUUUCAAAAGUGUGCAGUUGAAAAGUAACAUCAGGUUUGUAAAUUGUCUGGAUCAGUAAAUGAAUUAUAAUUUUCCGGUUUCUAAGGCACUUCGCCUUGUAAUGACCCUCGUUUUUUGUCUUAAUCAAGGUGUGAAAGUGCAACUUUUUACCUUGCACUCAUAAUCGAUUCCAAAGUAAAAGAGCAAGAUGUUAUAAUAGUACUUCGUAAUGCUUCCAGAGAUGGGAAGCUUGGAGACUUCACUGUGAGUGCUAUAAAAAGGACAAGAUUGCAAAUUGACUUCGAAACUGGAACUACUGAAGCAGGCAGAAUAACGUCACCUGGUAGUAAGUUUUAAUCCUUCGAUACAAACAUCACAGUUCAUUGGUAGCAGAAAUCUUAGUCCAUGAUAUGCUUCCAUUGGAGUGGUUAAUCAUGGAAUGAGAUUUAAUCACUUUCAAGCGAAACACACACACACAUUAUGCACGCUGCACAAGUAUGUUCAGCAUCUAUUUGGAACAUUCUUCUUGUUUAUGGUAUCCAUGUUGAUGUACUUGGUUGUAUUGAUCUUUUAAAACAUCAUACAUAUUCAUCUUAGAUCAUUCUUGUUAUGAGUAAUUAUUGUAAAUAUACACUUCUUGAUUUCUCCAUACUGCUUAGUCAUACUGAUUUGCAUACCAUAGAACUUUCCAGAAUAUUUUAUCAAGUCACGCAUUUACUAUGUAAUACUAUUCAAAAGGUUAUGUAAGCUUCUAGAAUGUUCCAGAACACUUUAUGAAUAUAUAUAAAGACUCGCCUAUGUAGUAAUAGGAGUAAUUGUUGUUGUCGGAGCGACGACUGUUUUGAAAGCUCUACCGAGAGAGAGUUACUGGGGAAAAUUGCUCAUUUCAAGGAAUUUUGGCGACAGCAGUGAGAUUGCGUCAGUAGUGAGAUCGUGUCAGUGGUGAGCUAGAACAUGUGGUGGGCUUAAUUAAGUUUAUUAACGAUAAGUAUUGUACUGCUUCUAGGAGUCGCUCCUUGUUAAGAACAUUAUUCGCUGUUUAAUAAAGUAGUUUAGUUUGUGGGAUUGAGUGUUUUUCUGUGGGUUAGAUUGUAUCGUUACAUUCUGUAUAACACCACAAGAGCUAAGGGCUGCAGGGUGGGAAAGGGAUAUGCCCUUGGGUAGAGCGUGAUAAAAAGCUCAAACAAUAACUUGCGAGGCCUUUGUUUCUUAACUUCGAUCUGAGAAGUUAAUGGGCUAAAGUGGUAUUUCCUAUGGGAGGAAGGGUGCAAGAUCUCAUUCAAUAAAAAUCGAACGGUGUACGCUUCUCCGCUAAUAUUACAAAUAUCUAAUUUUUUUUCGCUACUGGAAGUAAAUGUCGCGAGAACAAUAGGCAUUUUGCCCGAUGCUCUGAUUUCGGCAGAAUGUAAGAAAUUUUUUAACACAAUCGUGACCAACUAGAUAAGAGAGCAAACAUUUGGACUCAAAAUCCAACGUAUAUUACUUUACUUAAAAUUCUCACAACACAUACAGCACAGUUAUGCUAGAGAAAUGAUCGUGAAAGUGCCUGCGUGUAAACUUAUAAACUGCAUACAGACUGCAUGAAUCCUAGAAAUAAGCCUUGAAGAGUAAAAGAAAAAGCUUUUAUCAAGUAGUUAACAACUGUAGUGCAGUUUAUAACAAAGAACUUUCAUUUGUUUGGUUGGCUCGUAAUUCAAAUUGCUUUUAAAACAUCUUAAAGAGUAAGUAAGGUUAGGGUAUGGGUGGAAAAAAAUACCUGUAAUUUGGUUCUCACACUUAGUUAAACCCCUUCUUUUAAGUAAUUUGUCACGAAUUAAAUAAAAAGUUAUGUGUAGAAAAAGGCAUCAUGACUAAAACGGUUAAGCGGAGGAUUGCCAUAAUUCAGUUUGAGGAGGCAUAUAUUUCAUACGUUGUUCAACUCUUGUAUUCAAGGUGCCACAGGGAUCACUGUUGGUGCAGUGGUUGGAUCAAUUGCCGCGCUGGCUGUUGCUGCUGGGAUAUUUGUCUUUUUCGUAUGGAAGUGGAGAAAGAACUCAAAUGGUAAGAGUAGUAUUAAUGCCAACUCUAGCUCCCAAGAAAAGUCGCGUAGUAUCAAGCAGCUGAAAACAUUUUAUGUUUUUUAUAGUCUUUUUUAAAAAUUCGGUAUGUCACUGGAUUUCGAAACAGUUCUAAUAAAUCUCUUUAAAAAAAAGAUAUUGCUGACUAACACCGUUAUAUUAUAAAAGAUAUAAUGAAACUUUUUAACUGAAAAUGAUUACUCUCUAAACUUCUAAGAUUCCCUGAAACAAACGUGGCAAAUGUGCGAUGAAAGAAAAUUAAAGAAAAUACGACUCAAAUCCAUUGCAAACAACACUGAACAAAAAUGGAGUACGAGAAAGUGUCCAUAUCAAUUUUCAGUGUCAAGGUUUAAGUCUGUGUAGGCCAGAUUACCUGAUAUUGCGAAAUAACGCGCAACGCGCGCGAAUACCAUAAAAUGUAGUUUGAGAAUCAGAAACAGUUACGUGGCAUGCCGACCAGAGUAUCACUGAAGCCUCUGGGUGUUUAGGUGAGGCUGGGUGAACACGAGAAAUCUCCUCUAUAAUCUGUUGCGUUUAUGAAAUACACACAUAUCCAAAAAUUCACGACCGUGAUUAUAUGUUCUCGUUUGAUUGGGUUCUAUAAUUCUAUGAUUACAAUUAUAGCCCUAGACCUGGUGACCACUUUCUACUGAAACUGACCAUGUGUAGAAUGAAAUAAAUGUCUGAAGACAUCAUUCUGCAUUGCCUUGGAAUUAUUUGUUACUUUCUCUUAAUAUACUUUUCGAGCUGGUUUUUCUUUGCUAUCUUCUCACUAUACGUUUUUCAUGUUUUUCAUACUUUUUUAUUUUUUAUCGUUCUAGAAACAAGAAGAAGAGAGAGGUGAGAUUUUUAGAACGAUGAAGUAUCGUCCGAUUUCAUGUCUUGUUUUUGAUAUCGAUUGUAAACUGUAUACAACUGUGAAUUUCAAGCAUGGAUUAUGAUAGUUACGCCUAGAGCAGGAGCUUCAUCUAAAGUCAAUUUCCCAGAGCAUCCGUAACGUAGUGUCGUUAAGACUACUCACGAGACCUUUUGAGAAUGGACUAUUCAGAGAUAAUUAUCUUUCCUUAGGGCUAGUCCACUCAAUGAAAGGCACAGAUGCCUGGUUCCUAAUCUUAUGAAACCUUUUUUGAGUCAGUGCAGCAGCGCAAAAUGUGGCAUGUUGUCACUAAUCCUUUCAUGACUAAUACUUAAAGAGUGCCUAAAUGUGUGCUUUCCUAGCUGAACAAAUCGUCAACGUGCUUCUUCCGAUUGAAUUCGGAUGCGACCGAAAACGUGAUUUUCUUUUUUACUUUUAGGACAAACAGAGAUACAAUUGAGGAAAUAGAGAAUGUUUUUGUAAGUCGCUUUAAGAUUUAACUCUUAACCUUAUUGUGGUACAAUACGGUAUAUCAUUUUUUUGUCAAGAAGGCACGGUAACGAAUCCUUUAAUCUGAUUGGUUCUUAGCGCAGUCCGGAUUUUCCUACCUCUGCCGAUGGACACAGUAACGCUUUCGUGGGUCACGGAGUAUAUUCCUAGCUUUAUUGCAAUUUUUUCAUAAAUGUGUGAUGUUUUAUCGGCUGGGCAGCAUUUUUAAGCACGGACUUCGGUCACAAUCUUAAGCCCUAAAUUUAUCAAUAAUUAUUUGAUUCCUUGUUCUCAAAUCAAUUUGUUCGUUUGGAUUACUGUUCCGAAGUUUGCCUAGAAGUCUUCUAAUUCACCGUUAUCGUUACGCAAAUAGAAAUGUUUUGGUUAAGCGUAAAUCUUUAAUUUAUUUCCUUUACCUUUUACUCGCUGUGACAUUGUUUAGUUUAUGGAGGAUCUUCCCAUAAUUACAAGCACCUUUGGGUUUAAGGAAAAAACGAAAAUGUUAUAUACUAGCCUUGUUCGUUCCUUAUUGGGAAAGCCUAUGCCCUCUGUCUUGACAAAGAGCUUGAGGAUAAUAUGUCUGUACUUUGACAGAGAUUGGUGAUCUAAGUUUACGUCGUUCUCCAUUUCAAUUGCGUAACUACCAAACAAAAAAACUUUUAAUAACAUGGCUGGAGCUUUAUUCCCUUUCUUAAGUGCGAUACGUUUUGUGUCUUUGAAUAAAAUUUACCUUGCUGACAAAUUCGUUCAAAUUUGAUUAAAUUAUUUCUUACCAGCGGCGGUUUGUCUUUUAUCUUCACUUAUUCCGUGUUCGUAUCUGUACCACCCUCGCUCUGCAAUAAUAUUAUUUUAUAAAAUGCUUCUCCAGUACAUUGUACCACUCAGAGACGAAGCUAACACCACCACAAAUCAGAACGAUCAUCAGUGUAAUCUGUAGGAAACAGAAGAACAAAAUUGAAAGUUUAAUACGAGCCAGCACCUUUAUAUUAUUAUUUUUUAAUUUUUUACUAUCGCACUUCAAGUAGUAACUCCGAAAGAAUGGAAGAUAGUGCCAUAAGUGGUCAUGAAAUUCCUACAGGAAACAGCUGAAGAAAAUUUAAAAUUUAAUACAAGCCAGCACAUUUUAUUUUUCUACUUUUAUAUAAUUAUAAUGAUGAUAUUAUGCAACACAUUCCCAAGAAAACUUUGACAUGAACCACGGAAUGAAAAAGAAGGUAGAUUUGAAAAACGUUCCGCUGUAGCCCUAGUUAAUGAUUCCUUUUAUUAUUUUAAACUCAAAAGACUGAACUUGAGAUGGCGGAAGCUUCUCAAAGCCAUCAGUAUAUGGCAUUGGAUGAGAGGAAUCGGUCACCGGCGAACUGUCCACAACCGAGCCAGUCCGUCACUGAAUACACCUCUACAUAUUCAUCAACACGCUGUUGGGAGAUUCCUACAGAGCAUGUGACUCUAGAAAAGGUCGUUGGUAAAGAGGCUUUUGGUCAGGUUGCCAAGGCAACAGUCAUAGGCCUUCAGGAGAAACCAACGAAGACACUUGUGGCUGUUAAGAUGUUGAAAGGUAUCAAAUACUUCAAAUAAUAGGAUGUGUUUCAGUGAAAUUCCAACGGUAACACUCCCCUGGAAGGACUUAGCCUUAGGCAGGUAGCCUAAGAUUCAGAAAAGAUUCAGCCUUCUUCUCAAUCCUGAAGGUAGCAAAGUAAGCCUAAUCUCCCCUCCCCCCAGCCCUUCCUAAAUGGGGAGAGUAAGGUUCAUUUAGCAGUAGUACAAUCAGCGGUCAACCAAACGUACCUCAGUUAGUUGAUCAGGAUCGUGAGACAAUUUAAAACCAGCUACCAAACAGAACAUGAAUAGAUAUGGACGUGAUCCUCGUAGUUAUGAACACUAUUAAAGUAGUAGUGAAAAUAACGUCUACUUAAGCAGUGUUCAUAACUGCGAGGAUCGAUUCCAUAUCCAGAUCGUUUCCUCAAACGUAGUUCCCUUGUAUGAUUUUCAUAUAUUUACAGUCAUUUAUAGACCAUGAAUGAGUUGACCAGACCUGCGUAAUCGAGACAUGACACGACAAGCUUCUCACGUGGCCUCAGCAUGAAACUUGCUGGUGCAGCGCCCUCUGAUAUCCGAAGCCGUACAAUUUUCUUUCAAAUUUAUCAGAACUAUAUCUUUUCCUGCAAGAACAUAACGACAGAGACGUUUAUUUGUAGAGAAUUAAAUUCUCGCCAACAAUCGACACUCCUCCCUCCCAUCUUUUGAAAAGUAGCAAACCUCUGUUUUUCCGAAUUCAAAUUAACAUAAGGGUGGUCCCUUUCAACAUUAAACCUCAGCGGGAGAAGGAAAAAUGUCUCUGCUAAGCGUAUGCCUCUUAGCAAUUGUUUGGUUGAAAUCUUACGCUAAUUAAAUUCAAUAUCAUUAAAGCAUGGUGAUACUGGUAUAGCAGUGGAAUGAAGGGUUUUGUUGCUAUAUUUGACGACUGAGAAUGAUGUUUGAAAUUUAUAGAAAUUUAUAUUUACUUGCAGAGUAUUACAGUAUUGUGAUUUUAGAUAGGAUGUUCAAUCACUAAACAACACGGACCUCAAAGUUCGGAAGGAAAUGUGCCACUUAUUUUGAUUCAGCAAGUCAGAGAAUAUCAACUGAUAUUUUCUGAGGUCCAGUUACUGAUAUUGCUUUUAAAGGUAACAGCUGUUGGAUGAUCAUCUUGCAGAUCACGCCUCUGAGUCGGACAGGAAGGACUUGUUGUCCGAACUUCGAUUGAUGAAGGAACUCGAUGCUCAUCCUUAUGUUAUUAAACUUCUGGGAUGUGUCACGAAAUCUGGUAAAUAUGGAAAAGUAUAAUUUAAUCGCCCAAACAGCCAAAACAAAGAGCAGAUCUAGGGCUUAAUAUAAGCAUAUUUCCCUGUUUACCAUGCUUUUCAGGGCCCUUGAUGGUGUUGAUUGAAUACGUACCCUAUGGAGAUCUACUGGGAUACCUCAGAAAGAGUCGUGGAUUAAAUGAUACUUACUUCGAAGACCCGGAUAUCAAACCACAAAGUAAUCUGACGUCAGAGCAACUGAUGAAGUUUGCGUGGCAAGUUGCCGAUGGAAUGUCGUAUUUGUCAUCGAUACCAGUAAGUAGGAACGCAAUCUCUAGUUACUGAACUGUUUCUUUGGCAUAUGUUGCUGAAAUAUGACAUAAGUCAUUACUUUUCAUUCUUUUCGUUAAAUUAUUCUGGACCCCUCAAUUCAUUAACAUUAAUGAUUUUUUUAAAAUUGUCGUAGAUUAUCCAUCGAGACCUUGCAGCUCGUAAUGUGUUGGUUGGAAAAGGAGAAACGUGCAAAGUAACAGACUUUGGUAUGGCCAGAGACGUCAAAGAGGAGAGCAUUUAUCAACGGAAGUCUAAGGUACCGAAUUUGUUCUCUUAGCUAGAGAUCUGUGAACAGUCUGCUGUGGGUGAAGUUGUACUUGUCCUUGAUCAUGAUCUUUUCCUCAGUUUUUCCGACCAAUUCUAUGUGUUUUUAAUUUAGGGACAUCUUCCUGUUAAAUGGACUGCCAUUGAGGCAUUGCUGUACGGAAAAUAUUCUACAAAGAGUGAUGUGUGAGUACAAGGGCUUCAUAAGGUCCAUAAGCAAAUUGGGUAAAGUGAUUGGAUGUCUAAUGUAUGUUAUGCAUUGUAUUUUUUUAAAAUUGAUGUGGAGAUGUGGAGGCAUCCUAUUUAGAAGGGGUGGUAAUACCCUUUCUGGCUUUGAGUUAUAAGUAACGGCCCAAGUCCCGCUCCUAUUACAAGUCUAGUGUGCUUCCCACGAUGUUUUACCGAAGAUGUUUAAUUUACCUUUUUUUAACAGUAUAGACCAGAACGUUUAUUUGCUUUAAUGCAUCUCGUCUGUUUUACAGAUGGAGCUACGGAGUUCUCCUCUAUGAGAUCUUCACGAUUGGUAGGUGGCGAGAUUAAUAACCAGACUAUUAAGUUUAGCGUCAACGUGUCAACAAAAGUGGCAUUUGUGUUGACACUUGGUCAUGAAGUAAGCAUGGUGUACCAUUCUCUGAGGAAUUCAGUUUUGCCUUUGUGUUUUGUAACUGCCAGGCCACCUUAGAUUGCCUCAGUCGCUGAACUUAUUCGAAAACAAACAAACAAACAAACAAAUAAACAAGGAACAAUGGUGGAGGAAUUAUAUUGUAGAAAUAUAUUUACAAGUGUCAGGCCCUUGAAGUGUAUUGAGAGUACCCGCUUUAUUUUAGGUGGUUCACCGUAUCCAGGGAAAGAUGGAAAAAAAAUGGCAAAGUUGCUAGAGGAGGGAUACAGAAUGCCUAAACCGCAACAUGUGGAUGAGAAGUUGUAUGAAAAGAUUGUGUUGUUAUUGUUAUUUUCUUUGUACGUUCUUAUAGCGGUAACAUUUAAGUUCUUCUCGUGAAAGUUGCGCAUGCAGCUCAAAAUUAAACCUGUUUUUCUUUCUGAAUGAGCUUACUUAGGCGAAAUAUUGUAAUGAGUCAAUGAUCGCGAGUUUGUCUCUUGUGUUCAUUAAAGAAAGGAAUAAACUUUCCUACUGUAUAUUGCAACAUUUUGUGCCUAACAACAUCCUAACAGAGGGCAGUAAGAACGUAUACUGAUAUAUCCUUGACGUCUUUGUGUUUCAGGUAUGACAUCAUGACAAACUGUUGGAACGACGACCCUAACUUGAGACCAUCUUUUGAAAAUCUGAGGAAAGAACUCAAAGAAAUGGAAAACCGGCACAAGGUAGAUUUGUAGAGCUAAUUUUGAUCGUUUUAAGUUCCAUCUGGCUUACGCAGGGUGACUUAAAAACGCAGAAUAUCGUCUACUUCAGGGUAGCAGAUUUUGGGUAUUAUAGUUUAUUAUGAAAAUUACGGAAGUUUCGAAGCUACUUUACCUAAAUAUGAGGUAACAAUGAUAUAACAGGAUUCCACCCAGUGGCCUUGCAAAAGUUCCAAAGCUUGUUCACAAAACACGGAAGGGGAGUAUGUUUUGUUCAUAGAAUGAAAACCCAAAGUAAAUGCAAAGUUGUAUUGAGUUAGUACCAGUGUAGUGCUUCGAACCUUUCGUUUAGUCUCCAGAGAGGUACACUACAAUAUUCCUUAGCUUUUUCUUUAUUCUUUUCUGAUAUCGAAAUUUAGAAUCUACCACUGUCAAAUGCAUGUGAUAAUCGUGUGACUACGAGGUGUUCGAGCGUUGCAGGUCUAUUUUAUUUUGGUUAUUUCCAAGUAUAUUUUCAUCAUCAACACGCUCUUUACGAAGGACGAAAAGUCAGUCAACCCUUUUUUUUUCUGCAGGGGCUGAUAAACUUAAGCAAUUACGACGAUCGACUCUACGUUAAUGUUGACGAUCUUGCUGUGUAAGCGUAUGCAUUGUUAUGGAGCAAAGGAUUAAGUGAUAAGUCUUGCAGCCCUAGGAGAUCGUAUGCUAUUUUCUCUGUGUAUUUGAAGUUAACCUUUCAUCGUUUGUUAAUACAAAACAAGCUGUCUAACAGCGAAGGGAGGAACAGUAUAACUUUCCUUUAGUUUCAUGUGUAUCUUUUAGUAUUUUUGUCUUGAAAAGACACACGAUUUUUUAAAUAUUUUUACAAGUGAUAUAAAUUAAAAUUUUAUUUUAAUUUAGUCUGAAACAUUAAAAUGUUUCAGACUAAAUAUUCAUUUUUGUGUACAGCGUAAAAUUGUUGAGGAAUUUAUGAGAAUAAUAGUGUUUUUAUGACAUUUAUUUGACGGCUGUUCUGUGAAUUGCACUCUAAAUCAAAGGAUUGUUAAUUAAGCUAAUGAUUGGACAAAGUCUUUUUCUUUUGUUAUUUAAACAAUUGUUUUUCGCUCAAAUUUUUUAUGUCAGGUUGAUAAAUUUUAUUGUGUUGUACAGCAACGAAAAAAUCAAUAAAUAGUUUCCGUUGGUG